AUGGCCUCUGUCGCAGCCAGCAGUUCGCUGGCUGGCGCUUCCCCUGAAGCAUUCUCAUUGCGUGCAUCCUUGCAGCAAAACGUCGUUGUCAGGCCAAGGCAGAGGUUCUAUGAGGAUCGUACCUCGAGGCCACAGAAGACGGCACCAGGCCGCCAGUUGGACAGCCCUGUUGAAAAGGAAUCACCUCUGGCAAUAAAAGCAAUUCACAUUAUAACUUUUCAGGCUAAAACAAGUUCUUACUGGGUCUACCAGACACAGUGUGCCCGUCUAUGUAGUGAAAAGGUUGCCUGGUUGAAAAAAAGGUUUGAGAGCACGGCUUACCGGAAAGUUGAUAAUCUAUCAACAUCGUUAAAGUGA